CCUCCUCACUGUGGAGAUGCCCUGGCAAGUCCAGGGUCCUGGGGCCAGGAAGAAAAAAAAACAAAACAUGGAUGCCAGGGAGCUCACCUUAGCUUCCCUGAUACAUGACACCAGUUGCCCUGGGGAGCUGCCUGUGGGUCACCAGCUGAGGAGGAAGAAGGACUGGUCCUGGUCGCUCGUCGUGGCCGCUCUCGUGGGAGCUUUCGGAUCCUCCUUCCUCUACGGCUACAACCUCUCGGUGGUGAACGCGCCCACGCCGUAUAUCAAGGCCUUUUACAAUGAAACCUGGUACAGAAGACAUGGACAUCCCAUAGACCCGGAUACCUUGACCUUGCUCUGGUCUGUGACUGUGUCCAUAUUCGCAAUUGGUGGCCUGGUGGGGACGCUGAUGGUGAAGAUCAUUGGGAAGUUUCUUGGGAGGAAGUACACGUUGCUGGUCAAUAAUGGAUUUGCAGUUUCUGCAGCAUUGCUGAUGGCCUGCUCACUGCGGGCAGGAACCUUUGAACUGCUCAUCGUGGGAAGGUUCAUCAUGGGUGUGGAUGGAGGCAUCGCACUCAGUGCACUCCCCAUGUACCUCAAUGAGAUCUCACCCAAGCAGAUCCGAGGCUCCCUGGGCCAGGUGACUGCCAUCUUCAUCUGCAUUGGCGUGUUUGUUGGGCAGCUGCUGGGCUUACCUGAGCUCCUGGGAAAGGAGAGCACCUGGCCAUACCUGUUUGGAGUGAUCGUUGUCCCUGCCUUGGUCCAGCUGGCAAGCCUGCCCUUUCUCCCUGAGAGCCCACGCUACCUCCUCCUUGAAAAGCACGAUGAGGCAGGAGCCGUGAAAGCCUUCCAAACAUUUCUGGGCAAAGCAGAUGUCUCCCAAGAGCUGGAGGAGGUACUGGCUGAGAGCCGUGUGCAGAGGAACCUCCGCCUGAUGUCCGUGCUGGAGCUGCUGAGGGCACCUUUUGUCCGCUGGCAGGUCAUCACUGUUGUCAUCACCAUGGCCAGCUACCAGCUAUGUGGACUCAACGCAAUCUGGUUCUACACCAACAGCAUCUUUUCCAAAGCUGGGAUCCCUCAGGACAAGAUCCCAUACAUCACCCUGAGCACUGGUGGGAUUGAGACGCUAGCUGCCAUCUUCUCUGGCCUGGUCAUAGAACGCCUGGGACGAAGACCUCUCCUCAUUGGUGGCUUCGGGCUGAUGGCCCUCUUCUUUGGGACCCUCACUGUGACGCUGACCCUGCAGGACCAAGCACCAUGGGUCCCUUACCUAAGCAUUGUGUGCAUCCUGGCCAUCAUCGCCUCAUUCUGCAGCGGCCCAGGUGGGAUCCCAUUCAUCCUGACCGGAGAGUUCUUCCAGCAGUCAGAGCGACCGGCAGCCUUCAUUAUCGCAGGCACAGUCAACUGGCUCGCCAACUUCGCUGUGGGGCUCCUUUUCCCCUUCAUCCAGAAAAGCCUGGACUCCUACUGCUUCCUUGUCUUUGCCGCAGUGUGUAUCACAGGGGCUAUCUACUUCUAUUUUGUCCUCCCCGAGACCAAGAACAGAACCCACGCAGAAAUCAGCCAGUCAUUCGCCAAGAGGAACAAGGCUUACCCCCCAGAGGUGAAGACUGAUUCAGCCAUGGCAGAGGAGAAGGCUAGCAGCCAGCCUGAGCCAGAUCUGUCCUCCACGCUGGACAGCCAUGGCCAAAACCAAGUGCCUAAAUGUGUGUUCUCACUUCAGUAACCCAAGGCUUCCCCAAAACUUAGAAGGUUUCAGCUGAUUGAAGCCAUAUGAGACUGUUGUACUGGGGUGUUAGGAAGAAGCCUGAAGGAAUCAGACCUCACAGCUGUAUCUUCACAGCUGCCCCUUCCAAACUCCCUUGGAAGCAUUCCCUAGGUUUGGUCCUUCCAGCAUUCUAUGCAGACAAAAGGCUGCCUCCUUCAUGACUGAACUUGUAGUUUUGAAAUAAAGUUGGAGGAAAGGCAUCAGGUUGCUCACUCAGAGGAAAGUCUUCCAGUCUGAUGGACACUCAUUGUAAAGGGAAUGGCAGCCAGGGCUUGUCCAAGCUGUGCUGUUGCUAAGCAACCCCACCCAACCUGCCCUUGGCUUCCAGCCUCUAGGGACCUGGACCUUGGUCCUGCCUAGAAGUGUUCCAACUUCCAUGGGAAGAUUCUUUGUCCACAUUUACAAAUGCCUGUUCCUAAUCUGCCUCUACCCUGUGGACUUGAGGCUUAGGAAGACCUCAUACCACCCCACCAUGCUGCUGAUCCUACCAACACAGGCUUUGUCUCCAGAGCUCAAGGCUACCAGGUCUGGGGCUGUCUUUAGUUCAGACUGUUACAGAGAGCAUACAGAAGAGCAAUAAAUAAUAUGAGAACUUUCUGGCAAGUAGGGGGCAGAGACUGCAAGUUGAGCUCUGACACUGAAAAUGACUCUAAGACUAAACCUAGGUUUGAUGGGAAAGAACACUGGGAUUGAUUGGUAAUGCCUGACCUGGAUGCAGAAAUGCCAGUCUAUGCUCCUGAGCCUCGUGUUUGCAAUGUGAAGGAGAUUCAUCUUCAGGGGUCACAAGCUGCCUGGAAAGACACUCGCUAUCACUCAUAGCGCUCAGGUGAAGGCUGGGAGAAUCACCCACCUCAACAGUUGUUAAUGGAGUCAAAGAGUCGGUUCUAGAGUAGGGUGUUUGAGUGGGUGUCUGGUUGGAGCAACUUGCAUCUUGCCAUCAUCAUGUGUGGUUCAUCCUUUGGCUGACUCCCUUCUUCUGCCUCCAAAACAAAGUACCUAUA